AUGUUUAACAUGCUCCGAGCUGCUUGGGAUACGCUCUGCGUAACCUCGCAGCAGGGCCGGCGUUUUUUCGCGCAGUCCACGCCGGCGAUCGAGUGCCGCGUCAUCGCCGUCGCCGGCCUCCUGAUCAACGACUACGACGAGAUUGCGAGGCAGGGCCCGCUGCACGGCUUCGGCUUCUGGACCUGGUGCGCGGUCCUCAACAACGCGCUGGGCGGGCUGCUCGUCGCUGUCAUCAUCAAGUACGCCGACAACAUCCUCCGCUCCUUCGCGCAGGGCCUCGCCAUCGUCUCGGGCGCCGUGGGCUCGUACCUGCUCUUCGACUUUCAGAUCACGGCGCAGUUCAUGCUCGGCGUCGUGCUCGUCAUCGGCGCCGUCUUUCUGUACGGAGCCCAGGCCAGCACACCCACCGAGCUGUGCGAGCAGCUGGCGCUCAGCUGCCUCGCGAGCGUCGCCCCCUCGCGAGGCGACAGCGCCCUCAGCGACGCCAGCGCGGACGCGCCGCUAAAGCCGGCUGCGUAUGCGUCGGUGCAGCCAACGGAACCGCACACGGCAGACGAGGCGGGCGAGGUCCGAGCGUACCUGCUCGCCAACGGCGUCACGAAAGCUCAGUACGACAAGGCGGAGGGGAGGGGCCUCUCGGGCUUGCAAGAGCUGGCGGAAUCGGUGAACUGCACGCUCAAGGACGAGGAGACGGUGCGCAUGGCUGUCGCGGCGGCCAGCGCAGAGAAGAAGGCGACGACUUCGGAAGCGGCCCUCACGCCGCUCACGGCGGAAGAGCGGAAACGCUUCGCAGCCGCGUUCGAGCACUUCGACAAGGACAAAUCUGGGGAGCUUGACGUCAAGGAGUUUCGAAGCGCGAUGCUCGACAGCGGGAUGUGUCCUUACCCGUACGAGCAGGAGGAGCUUUUCAAGACGGCGGACAUGGACGGCUCGGGCACCAUCACCUUUGAGGAGUACUGCCACUUCAUCCAAGUCUACCGCGCAAAGCAGAGCUGGUGGGAGCGCAUGAUGGAGUCGAUGACGGACAAAUUCAUGCCCAAGCCCUCGUACCUCACCAAGACAGCGGCCAGCGCCGCGGAGCUGCAUUAA